UUCUCGAAAAUAAUUCAGUUGCGUAAUGUUGACAUUAUCGCGAGAGACAUUCCGAUUUCUUGCCUUCGAGUUUAGAAGACUAUAGACUACUAGACCCGUUUUAGCAAUUUCUUAUUCAAGCCGUGAGUCAUUUACAUCUCCAUUUUACAUCUGUCGGUAAAAAUGAAUAUUUCGUUCGCAGGAUGUGGAUUUUUGGGCAUUUAUCACAUCGGAGUCGCGAGUUGUUUUCGUGAACAUGCCCCGCACAUCAUCGAUAAAAUAGCCGGAGCAUCAGCCGGGGCACUCCUUGGAACUGUGUUGGUUUGUGAAGAGCUAGACCUCGUUAAAAUCACUGAGGAUGUUCUGAAGACAGCCGCCAAGGCCCGGGCCAGGUCCCUAGGGCCGUUCCAUCCCGGGUUUAACCUGCAUCAGAUCCUGGUGGACGGGAUGGAGCGGAUCCUCCCCAUGGACAUCCACAAGAGGGCCAGCGGAAGACUGCACAUCUCGCUGACCAGGAUGUCUGACCGUCAGAACGUGAUGGUCAGCGAGUAUGAAACGAGAAAGGACCUCAUGGAUGCUAUCCUAUGCAGUGCUUUCAUUCCAUUUUAUUCUGGUUUCUUGCCACCGACAUAUCGAGGAACGAGAUACGUAGAUGGAGGUAUAUCUGAUAAUCUACCCAUCAUUGAUAAGACGUGUAAGACCAUCACUGUUUCUCCCCUCUCGGGUGAGGCUGAUAUAUGUCCCAGAUCAGAUGAAUUCAGCGACUACCUCAAUGUUACCAUCUCAAAUACAAAUGUUCAAAUCACUGCUAGUAACUUGUACAGAAUGUGUAGAGCUCUUUACCCACCGGAACCAGCCGUGCUGAGCAGAAUGUGCAAGCAAGGCUUCGAAGAUGCACUGCUCUACCUCAAAACACAUACACUUAUUCCAUGCGAGAGGCACGUAUUUAAACGCCGAUCCCACUCGGUAUGUCUAGGCAACACAAGAAUGUCCUCCAGGCCUUCAAAGACAAUACCCUCGAACAGGCGCAGAUCUACAACCCUGCUCCGACACACACAGUCCAAUCCCAUCAUGGAUUCCACAUUCCCCAGUACGUCAUCGUCUCCUCCCAUGAGGGCUUCAGAUGGGAGAUGGCGUCUCCAAGAGGAGUCGGAUGGGGAGGAAGAGGAGGAAGAAGAUGCACCGGACUGUAUGGGGAUGUUACAUGAAGAAGAAGAAGAGGUUGACGAAGAAGGCAAGAUGUGGGUCGAUUGGGAUGACAACGAUUUCUUUGAGAAUCGUCCCUGCGAGAGGUGUGAACACCACUCCAACAAACUCAAACUAGUCAAGAGUUUACCACCAGAAGUAAUACAAGUGCUGCACUCCGCAUGUCAUUCCCUAAACCCUAGCAUCUGGAACUACAUCACAAAGAGCCGAUUAGGUUCUGUGGUCUCCUUCGCAUCUCUGCCGUGUGUCUUGCCUCUAGAAACAGCUUACUGUUUAGCCAUCAGGUUAACAAGAUGGCUGCCUCAUCUUCCGUCUGAUCUGAGGUGGUUCCUGAGUGGUCUUACAAACAUCCUGCAUCUGAUUGCCUCCAACAUGGGAGACAUUGAUAUCAAGAAGUUUGAAGCACAAUUUUCAUGCAAUUUUGGCCUGCAGCUUGAACCGGAGCACAUGUCAGCUCUCGCAGGCUACCCAGUCACUCCCGACCGCGCCUCCGACCACGCCCACGAACUCCAGGCUCUUGACAUCGCCACAGCGACACCACGACGUCACAAGCUCAACUUCCAAUUCAAAAUGGACGUCCAAGCGGAGGGGCUGCCGGACUGCGUCAUGGACACCUUCGACUUCUCCGAAGAUCUCAACGAGCUUUCCAUCCCGCGACGGCGGCGAGUCACAAUGAACCAACACCACGCUCCAGCUCACCCCCUGGGAGUCCGCUCGGUGAUUAUGACAGCUUCGACUACACGCUCAAAGUCAAGCAGGAAAUGGACGACGUCCUCACGUAUCAUUAUCUCAAAGUUACGCAACAAGUCGAUCCGGCAAAUGGACACGGUUCUGUCGAAAUUGUGGAAGUCUGAUGCCUUCCUUCAAAUAGUUUGUUCUCAUGAAUUCUACUGAAGUGCAAUGUUUAUAGGUGUAUACGGAUGCACUUUGACGAUGUGAUGGACUGCAUUUUCUCCAACAAUGCAAUUAUAUCAUAACUUUAAUGUGGCUAAUAGAGAUUAGGUUAUAUGUCAUAACAUGAGUUAUGACAUGGAUAAUGCAUUUCUAGAGGAGAGGAACUUUUACGAGAUAAAAGUCUAUAACCUUAACAAAUUUUUCAACUCUUUGGGGAUAUUAUGUUUUGUACAUGUACGUGGCAUUGUCAUUGCAGUACUAGUUGUAUAAAUGUAGAGCAAGCCAUAUUUUAAUAAAACUAUUUAUCUUCCCAUUGUCCAGUAUUUAUUUGAAAGUGAUAACUUUCUUUUAGUACUUUGGUCAAAAUGUGUGUGCCUACCUUUCAUACUUUGCUGCUAAAAGUUCGUUUGAAGGUCAAUGUGAAGGUGACUGUGAAGGUCAAAUUCAAGGUGAUUCCGACCUUCAAACUCUGAAGGUCAACAUGCCAGUGAGUUUUACCUCACAAUUUUUGUAGUCAAUACUAUGAUGGCUGACCGUGAUAUUCUUGUGACGGUCAUUGUCGAGGUGAAUUUGACCUCCAAACUCUGGACAAGGUCCGUGGGGAUAUGAUUUUGACCCUCAUAUUCUUAUGAAGGUCAAAUUCAAAUUCAAGGUGAAAUCAACCCUCAACAAAGGCUUGUUCAGAUAUGGCGUGGUAAAUUGCUGCCUAAAAAAAAGGUGCUUUUAAAACGUGUAAAAUGAAAGGCACCCAUGCAGCUCUGUGUUAUAAGAUUAAGAAGUGUGAGUUGUAUUACAGUUUAAUUCAUCUUUAAAAACCUGCCAUAUCUGAACGAGCCUUAAUGGACUUCCAAAUUAGAUGUUGUACAUCAAUGGGGUUCGAACCCAAUUGGAAAGUAUGCUAUCAUGAAAUUCACUUCAACAUGCUAAACAUGGCCAUCAUGAAAUGGGUGGUUCUUCAAUCAAGCUUUAUUUACGAGAGAAUACAGUUUGAGGGUCGAUGAAUGAUGUGUCCUUUCUGUCAUUCUACGUUUAUGGUGCUAAAAAGAUCAUGAUGUACAUGUAUCAGCCUGUAUCCUAGAUACCACAUACACACUGCACAAAGAAAAAUGUAAUAUUUGAAACACAUUGAUGUCAUUUAUGUCAUUGUAGUAUUAUUGUAGUAAUGAUACUAUGACAUGUCAAUGUACAUCAGAGAUACAACAUACACACUACGUAGAGCAAAAUGUAAAAUCGAAACGCACUCAUGUUAUCAUGCCGUUGUUGUUGUAUUAAUGGUGCUAUGAGGUGUCAAUAUGCACCUGAGAUACCACAUAUCGGUACAUACUAGUUUAAGAAAAAUGUAUUACCAAAACACUUGUUUCAAUGGAAUUUCUACAGCUUUAUAUAAAGACUUGUGACAGCUUUGGCAGAUGUGCUACAACCAUGGGCAUUAUAUUCAAUUACAGUGAAACCCGCAUAUAAGACCGCUGAAGGGAAAACAUAAAAAGUGCUCUUUAUAGGCUGGCGGUCUUUAUAUACAGGUUCCUUCAAUGAGAAACACUAUUCUACGGAAAUGAAAAAUGUGAUCUUUAUAGACAGGUGGUCUUUCUAUACAGGUGGUCGCUAAAGCAUGUUUGACUGUAAAGGUACAUGCACAAAGAGGCAUUACAUGAAAUUUCCACAAAGGCAGCUCUGCUUUUUGUGCCUACAUGUAUGUAAGCUUUAUUGUGUCUUAUUUCCAUCUGUGUAAAGUGUGUGUUUAUAUACUGUAUAUUGGAUAAAUCUUAUGUAUAGUCAACUCAUGUAACUCUGUGCCAAUGCAACAUCAUAUUUGUCAGUGAACUUUGACCUUGGUCUGAAAUUCUGUUUUUAGUCAGAAUUUCAAGGAAUCUGUAGGGGUUCAUAUUGAACGUUCAAAACAAAACGAAAAACAUACAUGAAUCUGCAAACUAAUUUUGUUAGGAUAUGAAUGAAUAGAAAGUAAUGAGCUAAGAGAUAUAUAGAGAAAAUUGGGUCAUUCACAGAUUUGUCGAUCAAUAGUUCAUGAAGUCCCAUAUGCGUUUAGACUUGUCUUUGGUGUAUAUGGACUUGUCUUCGGUGUAUACUCUGUAUGUGAUUUUCAGCAAAAUUUUAUAAGUUGUUACUACACACUGCUGGUCUAAAUAGAUGAUUUAGGGCAAUUCAAACAAUGCAAGGUGAGCUUUAGCUAUAACUUAUUCUUGCAUUGUAGUUCUGGAAUCAAAAAUCCAGAUACAUGAACCGUUAAAAAGCUUAGUUUUACAGUUGCAAUCAAAUACCAAAGAAAUAGAACUAGAACAAAGUAAUUGUCUGUGUUUGGUAUGACCAUUAAGAUACUGUUUCAGAUACCAAA